AUGACAGUUGGAGUAACACUGGGUGAUAGGAUGGAAAUCGCUCUGUUAUGUGAUCUUCGGAUUUAUGGAGAAGAUGCGGUACUGGGCAUACCAAAAACACGAGUUGCUAUAAUUCCUAGAGCUGAUGGAAUCCAAAGACUUCCAAGAUUGGUUGGAAAGUCAGUUGCAAUAGAAUUCAUAUUUACUAAGUCAAAAAGAAUGGCCAUGCUGCUCCCUCAACGAUGUGAUGAUACUCUGAAUGUGUCACCUUCUUCAAAAUCUGAGGUCUCCAUUUUUGCUCCGGACCACAUAAAUUUUGGGGGUUCUGCAAAUCCAUCUGGAUCAGAGGUAUCCAUGUCGACAGAAUGUCUGUCCUUUGGCAAAGUUAUUGAUUUCAUUGAUGGCAUUCUACUGGACAGGCCAGACUCCUAUAAUCGAGUUCUGUCAACUGGUUUUACAGUUAACAAAGCUCCUGCUUCACCUAUGGAGACUAAUGAUGGGAAUUCAAAGCAGGAUGGAAAGGAUGAAAUUGAUCAUUCAUAG